AUGGGUUCUGUAAUGUACAUUAUUCAUCAGGAAAUGGGUUCUGUAACGUACAUUAUUCAUCAGGAAAUGGGUUCUGUAAUGUACACUGUCCAUCAGGAAAUGGGUUCUGUAAUGUACACUGUCCAUCAGGAAAUGGGUUCUGUAAUGUACACUGUCUAUCAGGAAAUGGGUUCUGUAAUGUACACUGUCUAUCAGGAAAUGGGUUCUGUAAUGUACACUGUCCAUCAGGAAAUGGGUUCUGUAAUGUACACUGUCCAUCAGGAAAUGGGUUCUGUAAUGUACACUGUCCAUCAGGAAAUGGGUUCUGUAAUGUACACUGUCCAUCAGGAAAUGGGUUCUGUAAUGUACACUGUCCAUCAGGAAAUGGGUUCUGUAAUGUACACUGUCCAUCAGGAAAUGGGUUCUGUAAUGUACACUGUCCAUCAGGAAAUUGGUUCUGUAAUGUACACUGUCCAUCAGGAAAUGGGUUCUGUAAUGUACACUGUCCAUCAGGAAAUGGGUUCUGUAAUGUACACUGUCCAUCAGGAAAUGGGUUCUGUAAUGUACACUGUCCAUCAGGAAAUGGGUUCUGUAAUGUACACUGUCCAUCAGGAAAUUGGUUCUGUAAUGUACACUGUCCAUCAGGAAAUGGGUUCUGUAAUGUACACUGUCCAUCAGGAAAUGGGUUCUGUAAUGUACACUGUCCAUCAGGAAAUGGGUUCUGUAAUGUACACUGUCCAUCAGGAAAUGGGUUCUGUAAUGUACACUGCCCAUCAGGAAAUGGGUUCUGUAACGUACAUUAUCAAUCAGGAAAUGGGUUCUGUAAUGUACACUGUCCAUCAGGAAAUGGGUUCUGUAAUGUACACUGUCUAUCAGGAAAUGGGUUCUGUAAUGUACACUGUCCAUCAGGAAAUGGGUUCUGUAAUGUACACUGUCCAUCAGGAAAUGGGUUCUGUAAUGUACACUGGCCAUCAGGAAAUGGGUUCUGUAAUGUACAUUAUUCAUCAGGAAAUGGGUUAUGUAAUGUACACUGUCCAUCAGGAAAUGGGUUCUGUAACGUACAUUAACAAUCAGGAAAUGGGUUCUGUAAUGUACACUGGCCAUCAGGAAAUGGGUUCUGUAAUGUACAUUAUUCAUCAGGAAAUGGGUUCUGUAAUGUACACUGUCCAUCAGGAAAUGGGUUCUGUAACGUACAUUAUUCAUCAGGAAAUGGGUUCUCUAAUGUAUACUGUCCUUCAGGAAAUGGGUUCUGUAACGUGCAUUAUUCAUCAGGAAAUGGGUUCUCUAAUGUAUACUGUCCAUCAGGAAAUGGGUUCUGUAAUGUACAUUAUUCAUCAGGAAAUGGGUUCUGUAAUGUACACUGUCCAUCAGGAAAUGGGUUCUCUAAUGUACAUUGGCCAUCAGGAAAUGGGUUCUUUGGUUUGCCCUAAACUGUAUGUGGUUUUAGCUAUACAGCCAUGCAAUUUAGACAUUACCAACCCACACGGCAUCACCUGCAGACUGAAGGUGAAAACCACUGUUGAAAGGCAGUGGCCCAGAGAGGGGAAGUGGUCUGUCUUUGAAUUUGCAACCAUGCCUGGCUAUUCAUGUCGGUCUUGA